AUGGUGAAUGUAGCUACUCCAAAUUAUAGUGCUAUGUACGAGGCUAGUUUGAGAGCUGAAGUUGAGAUAGUAAGGAUUAAGGAGGUGGAGAAGGCUAAACGCCCAAGACCUAUUGAUGUCAUGGGAAACCCAGAUAAUCCAAGACAAAAAGGGGUGUUUAGACUUGUCAAGAGGGCUAAAGUGAAUACCAAAGGCACAUUUGGAUCGGGCAAGGCAGUAGGCAGGGUUGCUAGAAAUAACACUCCUAUAGCUCUGGAAUGUGCCUACUAUCACAGACGUCAUCCAGGAGAGUGUCGUUGGAAAACAGGAGCCUGCUUCAAUUGCAGACAAGUGGGCCAUCGUGCUAAAGAUUGUCCAAAACCCCCAACGGAUGUGACCAAAGGACCUAAAGCCAGUGAUGCUAAGCCAAAAGCUAAUGCAAGAGUGCAUGCGAUGACUGACAUGGAGAUCGAGGGGAUUGAUGAUGUAGUCACAGGUGCGCUUUCUAUAAACUCUGUACCCGCUUAUGUCCUCUUUGAUUGUGGUGCAUCUCAUUCAUUUGUUUCAAAAAGAUUCAUGAAGUUGCUUCAUAUGGUACUGGAAUGGUUGGACGACCCCUAUCGUGUCUCUACACCUGGGAAUAAAAUUUUAGUUUCUCACAUAAGAUAUAAGGGGUGUCAGAUUGAUGUGGGAGGUAAAGAGUUUGACGCUGACCUAGUACAAAUUGGCAUGAAUGACUUUGAUGUAAUUCUUGAUAUGGAUUGGUUAGCAAAGAAUUUCGCGCAAGUAGAUUGUAGACAUAAGAGGGUGAAAUUUGCAAUACCGAGAGAAGAACUUGUCUAUCAAGGGAAUGUUAGGAAGGAUAAAAAUAAGCCCAGUAAAUACUUAUUAACAUCCGUACAAGCAAUUAGAGCCUUAAGAAAAGGGGCAAAGGGAUACUUGGCAUAUGUGAUGGAUAGCACUAGUGAAGUGCUAUCUUUGGAUAAAAUCCCCAUAGUGAGGGAAUUCCCUGACGUGUUCCCUGAAGAUUUACCUGGGAUCCCCCCUGAUUGA